AGCCUGAGUGAACCAAAAUAAACUACACCGUUUGUACAGUAGUAGACCACGCCCUCUGCUGGUGAGCACGACGUAGUUCUCUCUGCGUAGUAGUUUUUAGUGUUUCAAAGAAAAUGGCGGAAAGCGAGCUCAACGUUGACAGCAUCAUCUCUCGAUUGCUUGAAGUACGAGGAUGUCGUCCAGGGAAGAUAGUCCAGAUGACGGAGGCGGAGGUGCGGGGGUUGUGCAUCAAGUCCCGGGAGAUCUUCCUCAGUCAGCCCAUUCUACUGGAGCUGGAGGCUCCGCUCAAAAUCUGCGGUGAUAUCCAUGGCCAGUACACAGACCUGCUGCGGCUCUUUGAGUACGGGGGCUUCCCGCCGGAGGCUAACUACCUUUUCCUGGGAGACUACGUGGACCGAGGCAAGCAGUCCCUGGAGACCAUCUGUCUACUGCUGGCCUACAAGAUCAAAUACCCCGAGAACUUCUUCCUACUCAGAGGCAACCACGAGUGUGCUUCCAUCAACCGCAUCUACGGUUUCUAUGAUGAGUGCAAACGCAGAUUCAACAUAAAGCUGUGGAAGACCUUCACAGAUUGCUUCAACUGUCUGCCCAUCGCCGCUAUAAUCGAUGAGAAGAUCUUCUGCUGCCAUGGAGGUCUCUCUCCUGAUCUACAGUCCAUGGAGCAAAUUCGACGCAUCAUGAGGCCAACUGAUGUCCCUGACACAGGACUGCUGUGUGAUCUGCUGUGGUCGGAUCCAGACAAAGACGUGCAGGGAUGGGGGGAAAACGACCGGGGUGUCUCCUUCACCUUUGGGGCUGACGUGGUCAGCAAGUUCCUCAACCGCCACGACCUGGACCUCAUCUGCAGAGCCCACCAGGUUGUUGAGGACGGCUAUGAGUUUUUUGCCAAACGGCAGCUGGUGACGCUGUUCUCGGCUCCCAACUACUGCGGGGAGUUUGAUAACGCUGGGGGCAUGAUGAGCGUUGACGAGUCCCUCAUGUGUUCCUUUCAGAUUUUGAAGCCGUCAGAGAAAAAAGCUAAGUACCAGUAUGGAGGGGUGAACUCGGGACGCCCCGUAACCCCGCCCCGUACUGCCCAAGCCCCCAAGAAGAGGUGAGCGUCUGGCCCCCCUCCCCCCCGUCACGCAUCCUCCUCGCACCCUUUCCCCUGCUGUCCCCUCCCUCCCAUCUAUAGGAAGCGCUCUAGCCCCCCCUGACCCCCACUCACCUCUUUCAUAUAUGUGUAAAACAUAAAAUCUUUGCUGUGAACUUUUGUUUUUUUAUUCAUAAUGACUUGUGGAUUUUCAAUGCUAUGAAAUGUGUUGCUCAGGUUAAGGUGCAGCAAUACGAUACAAACCUUUUGUGGAAAGGGGCAACACAUUUGGAACGGACGCUUUUCUGCCUUCAAUGAAACAUAGUAAAAAGUAUAGCUUAUUAUUUGAGUGAGGUGGGUUCUUUACCCCCAGCCAACAACGUUAAUUCUUCCAGACCUAUAACGUUUCCAGACCCUUGCAUUUUCCCUGCUAAUGCGUAUGUAACCUUCUCACAAUAUUACUAAUAACAUGUCAUUUUCCUCCCACAUUUUGGCUACAGUAACUGAUUGGAAUGGUUUAGCCUCCUAGUGAGUUUGGAGAAUGUCAUUUUCACCCUGUUGGACUCAAUGUUCUCUUUAUGCGGACACUAAUGAAGUUUUAACAAAAUUACUUUGAAAGUACCCAUACAAAUGCAUAUGAUCAGAACCAUACAAAAUGAUGGUAUAUACACACACGGGGCAUGUAUUGCGUACACAUUCUAUACAGAGAAGUACUAGUACAGUUAAGGUUGUGUGUACUAACUCAAAGGGCUCACAAAUGGGUGUUCCAAAUGCCUGUUGGUUUUGUUAUGGACAUUGUUUUUACUGUAUGCCUGUGAGAAUGCAUAGAUGGUUGUGGCUUGGGAAGUUAAAGGCAAGACAUUCAAGGCACCUGGUUUCAAUUGGUGUUCAGUAGCCUAUUAUUUUUCUCACACACACACGACCAGUUGGCCACAAGACUAUUUCCAUUUUUUAAGUGCUAUUUUCAGCAUUGCCCCUGCAGUUAUUGUAAACAUGAAAUAUUACACAAGGAGGUCAGCUCAUGUUUACCAAGCUAGCAGAGAUGGCACUUUUUACUCGGCAGUGUCAGUUACUUAGACAUUGCUGCCCCCUAGAGGUAGAUUGACCGCCUAAAGAGGUUGAAGACAUCAACAACAAGCAAGGCAUCAGAAUGCAUGAGCCAGUGAGUAUAUCUACUUGGUGGACCCUUUCCUGUAUGCUGAUUCCAAUAUCUGGUUCAGAAUUAUUAUUCUCAUCCAACUAAUGAGCUUACUAAGGAAUAUUUGAAAUAACAUUUUAGUUUGAGUUAGGGCAUAUCUUGCCUUUUGCCUUGUUCUCAUUUAUCGGUCUCUAUUCAAGUUGGAAACUGUCAUUGUUUUUAAACAGUUUUGAGAUUUGUACAAGUUUGUUUCAGAAUCUUUGAAUGGAAUAAAUGGAACAGUGCUGUUGACCCUG